AUGGCACCGUCUUCGUUUCAACUAUUGCUGGGGCUUCUGAUGCUUGCAGCAAUAUGUGCUUCUGCAGCACAUCCUCGGGCCACAUUGGGAUUUGAUAGGAUGAGAAAGCAUUCGGGCAGCAGCUCGGUCUCUGUUAAUGUCCUGCCUGGAUUUGAAUUGUAUAAUUACACGCAGACAUUGGAUCAUUUCAACUUUAAACCAGAAAGUUACGCUACUUUCCAGCAGAGAUACAUACUGAAUUACCAGUACCGGGGAGGGGCAAAUAGCAGCUCACCCAUCUUCGUUUAUUUAGGUGCAGAGAUAGAUGUAACGCAAAAUCUUGAUUUAUCAAUUAUUGAUCUUGCUGCUCGGUUUAAAGGUUUGCUGCUGUAUAUAGAGGUCAGUCUGUCUUCUCCUUCAUUUAGAUUUUUCAAUUCUCUGGAGGCAGAGCUUCAUGAACUAGAAUAG